UCAUCUUUAUCCCUCCACCACAGCCGUCCGUCGUCGAAAUGAAGCUCCGGAUGCCAAAGCUCGAGGUCGAGGGCGCGGCCGAUAGGCAGAAGAGCCUGUCCAACGACGACCUGCUCCCUAUCCCUGCCGAGAGGCGGACAUGGGAUUUCUGGACAUUCACCACUUUCUGGUUCUCCGCAGUGGGCACGGUCGCCAACUGGACCAGCGGAGGGACGUAUCUUGCUAUGGGUAUGACGGUGUGGGACGGCCUCCUGGUCAACUUCUUCGGCUUCCUCCUCAUCUCCUUCUUCAUGGUGCUCAACGGCCGUGUCGGCGCGGUAUACCACGUCGGAUUCCCAGUGUACUGCCGCUCCUCGUUUGGCGUGUACGGAGCCCUGUGGCCGGCGUUCAACCGCGCCAUGUCGGCCGUGGUGUGGAACGGCGUCAACGUCGUGCAGGGCGGCCAGGCCGUGUACAUCAUGCUGCAUGCCAUCUUCCCGAGCGUGACGCGCAUCCCGAACCACAUGCCCAAGGCGAGCGCGCUCGACACGGCCAACAUGAUGGGCAUGAUCCUCUUCUGGCUCGCGCUCGCGGGCAUCCUGUGCAUCUCGAUCCCCAAGUGGCGUAUCCUGAUCUACAUCAAGCUCGUCGCGUACGUUAUCUCGAGUUGUGCGAUGCUCGCCAUGGCGCUCGUGCACUCUGGCGGCGUGGCCAAGGAGCUCCGCGAGAAGCCCACCACGCACGGCUCGGAGCGCGUGUGGCUCAUUGUCCGCUUCACGCUGCUCUCCGCCGCUGGCUGCUCGACCUUUGCGUCCAACGCUAGCGACUGGCAGAGGAACGCCCGCAAGCCCAACGACCCGAUCUUUGGCCAGAUCUUCGGCUUCCCCAUGUCCAACGUGAGUGCAGCGUUCCGCCACAUUCACUCACACCCUCAGUUCAUCGUGUCCCUCUUCGGCUGCAUCGUCGCGCGCAGCAGCGAGAAGACGUACGGCAAGGUCAUCUGGAACCCCCUCACCUACCUCGACAUGAUGCUCAGCGACACCUACAACGCAAAGUACCGCGCUGGCGCCUUCUUCAUCGCCGCGGGCUUCUGCUACUCGUCGCUCUUCUCGUGCGCGUUCGAGAACGUCCUGCCGGCAGGUAACGACAUUGCCGCCAUCCUGCCGCGCUACCUCAACAUGAAGCGCGCGAUGGCCAUCUGCAUGAUCCUGACCUUGGCCAUCAACCCGUGGUUCCUCCUCGGCUCGGCCUCCAUCUUCAUCUCCUUCCUCGCCUCGUACCAGAUCUUCCUGUUCGCGAUUACCGGCGUCCUCCUCACAGACUACUACAUUGUCCUCAAGGGCCGCUUCGACCUGUCGUGGAUGUACACGGCGGACCCGCAAGGCCCGUACUGGUACACUCUGGGCCUGAACUGGCGCGCGUUCGUCGCCUACCUCGUCGGCCUGGGCAUCAACUUUGCCGGCUUCCUGCACAACAUGGGUGCGAUCGACGUCAGCAUCGGCGUCCAGCGCUCCUUCUACUUUGCCUUUAUUACGUCCGGCGUCGGCUCUGGCCUCGUCUACUACCUCCUCGCGCGAUUCUUCCCCCAGGCGUCGUACAAGGAGUACAAGGGCCUCAAGUUCAAGGAGUGGACGCAGGACGAGGUCGAGGUGUACGCCGCUGGCAGCGACAAGCCGGGCCGCGUGCCCUCGCACCAGGGCAGCGACGACGUCGAGGACAAGGCACUCGACAGCACGUACGUCCGUGACGUUUAGGGGGUUCUGACAUUCAGUUAUGGCGUGUAGGGUUAGCAGUAUACUAGGUUGUGAGAUGAGAAGUGAUGCGACUGGGCUUAAGGCGUG